AUGACCGAUACGACCGCCGCUGCCACACCCGGCGGCAGCAAACGCAACCGUUGCCAGAUGCCUGGCUGCAGCAAGCCCCCCCGCUACGCCCUGCCGGGGCAGAAGGCGGAGUACUGCACCCUGCACAAGAUGGACAACUACGUGGAUGUCAAGCACCCUCGAUGCGAGUCUGAGCUCGGAUGUGUUCGCCAGCCGACUUUCGGCUGGGAGGGGGAGAAGGCCCGCUUCUGCAGCGCGCACAAGAUCGAGAACAUGCUUGACGUCAAGAACCCGCGUUGCGGUGAACCCGGCUGCCUGAAGCGUCCGAGGUACGGCGAGGAGGGGGGCCGCGCUCGCUUCUGCGCCGCGCACAGGUUCGACGACAUGGUCGAUCUCGCAUCUCGACGCUCGACGGCCGGGGCCGCCAAGCCGUGCAGCAGCCCGGCCAAGCGCGCCCGCAACGGGCCCCGAUCUUUCGCCCACGACUCCGCGGCGGCGGCUGCCGCUGCUGCUGCCAAGCCUCCGGCCUUGCCUGCGGGAGCCAUGCCCGCGUUCAGCCUCGGUGCUGGCGGCGGCGGCGGUGGUGGUGGUGGCGGAGGCGGGAGGGCACCCUUGCCAAAGAGGGGGCAUCCUGUCCCCAAGCGGGGGCACACACCGGCGCGCGCCGGGGGGCACAGGCGUGCAACCUCGGAGAGCUGGAUCGACUUCUGCCCCAAGCGUGUUUUCGAGACCACGACCGGCAAGGACGCCGCGGACCUGGGCGCCUCCGACAACAACGACCCCGUCCCCCGCCACGCCGCCGCCGUCGCCAGGAGGGCCCGGCAUCAUCAUCAGCCCAGCCCCCGGACCGUCAACACGAACAUGGCCACCAUUGCGGCAGCGGCAGCUGUGGGAGUGGACCUUCCUGGUACUACGGCCAACGGCGGCAGCAGCCUGUCGAUGGAGGGGAAGGGAGACGACUAUCGCUUCAGCGGCAAGGACGGCGGCGGCAGCGGCGGCAGGGGCAUCGUGAUGACCACCUCCUUCUUCCACCCCGAGAGCGGCGCCGGCAGAACGGGCGGCGGUGGUCGCGCCUGGGCCCACGGCAACGCGGCGGUGGGCUGGCUCUCAAGCGGCGGCGGCGGCGGCGGCGGCGGCGGCUCGGCCGCCACUGGCCGGGGAGGCGUGACCUCCGCC